AUUUAUAAGCCAAGGAGAAACUCCCACCAUAUCCACUCACCUUUAAAUCACUGUUUCUUUGCUAUCGGCUUCUCGACAUCCGACUGGAAUGGUUUGGUUUUAUUUACUGGCAGGGGCUAAUGGAGGAAUAUAUGCAUUUACGUUGAGAUAUGAGCAAUAACAAAUUUUAGGGUGAACAAGUGCAUUUAGGAGCUUUAGCAUAAAAAGGUUUUGACUUGUUGCUCAUAAUCAAUUAUUCAAAUCGGGAAACAGAGUACUCUUAUUCCAUGGAUUCUUUAUUCUCUCCCUCUUCUCUUUUAUUUCCAUUGCCUUCACGUUCCUUGCCAUAUUUUCCAUUACGAUAUCAGCAUCUUUCAUUUGAUCAGCCACAUCAUCAUGAUGGCAUUUUUGUCUCUCACCGGUUUAUUUCAUUUCCUGUGAACUCGUACCAUACCUUACAUAUUACCCGGCCUUCUCUUAGUGCUGCAAUUCCAUCAAAUGAGGGGGCUGUGUCUGUAAUCAACUUUGAAGACUUCAUUGAAAAAGAUUGGUCGUUUCUUGAUGCAAAUGAUUUAAACUCCGAGGAACAUAGGCAAAAAACUGACCGCAUCAUAAAAUCAGGAAAAAUUGAAGAGACUUCCAGGAUUUUGGUUUCAAUUGGUUCUGAAGGAUUUGUGGAUCAGUUGGUUGACUCAUCACCCUGCCAACUGUUGCUUGUCGUUCAUGACUCCCUAUUCCUGUUAGCUGGUAUUAAGGAGAAGUAUGACAAGGUUAAGUGCUGGCAAGGAGAACUCAUAUAUGUGCCCGAAAAGUGGGCACCUUUUGAUGUUGUAUUUCUCUAUUUCCUGCCUGCUUUGCCCUUCAAACUUGAUCAGGUUUUUGCGACACUGGUUAAGCAUUGUUCGCCAGGUGCAAGAUUGGUUAUCAGCCAUUCUGAAGGAAGAGAAGCCUUGGAGCAGCAACGCAAACAGUUUCCGGACGUGGUUGUCUCCGACUUGCCUGACAAGAAAAGUCUAGAGAACGUGGGUGCGAAUCAUUCGUUUGAGGAAGAAUUUGAAGAACACAAAGAGGAUCACAUGUUAGUGCAAAGUGGUUGGUACAGGGGAGUCCCAAUUUGUUGUGUAGUAGAAUCUAGAAAGACCCAAAAUCACCGGCCUAUUCACCAACACACAGUAAUAUAAUUCCUCAAAUAAAGUUUGACAAAAAACGUGAUGUCAGCAUCUACGUAAUCGUUCGACUCCUUAUCAAAACACUCACGAGCUUCCCUUCUAUUUUAUACCCAAAAAUACCA